AUGAUUUUCCUAAAUACGGUGGCAAUUUUAUGGGCUGUCAUUUUAGGGGGUUCAGUGUUAUACCAGGUCGUCAAAAAUCUCUUCUUAUCACCGCUGUCAAAGAUUCCGGGGCCAUUUUUCGCCAAAUUCACCACCAAAUGGUUGACCUUCAUAGAUCUUGCUGGGAAUCGAACUACAGCUUUACAUGAACUGCAUCGAGUUUAUGGCACAGCUGUGCGGAUAGCACCAAAUGAGAUUUCGUUCUCGGAUCCAGCAUCCAUCAAAGACAUCUAUGGUCAACAGACGACAUUCAUGAAAGCCCCAAUAUACGACACUAUGAGUGUACCACCAUUCGGAAUCUUUAGUAUGCGCAAUCGAGCAGAUCACUCACACAGACGGAGACUUCUUAGUCAUGCCUUUGCCCAAUCAUCACUUUUUGAGUCUGAGCCUCUGAUAAAGGACAAUGUAAAGGCAUUGAUCCGCCGUCUUGAUGAUCAACUGGGGAUGCCGGUGGACGUUAUGUCUCUGUUCAGGCUGCUAGCUUUUGACGUCGUUGGAGAGUUGUUUCUGGGUCAAUCGUUCGGCGGCCUCGCCUCAAAAGAGCCACCGCAGUUCCUUCACGAUAUGGAUUUACAUUUCAUGUGUUGCGCAAUAGAGGCUACUUCUCCUUUGUUGUACGCGGUGCUCUCACGCCUGCCUAUCCCUCCGCUCCAACAUUUCUUCAAAUCAAGAGAAAGGCUGGUUUUGUACGGGCAAGAAGCAUUAAGUUCAUACUUAUCUCAAUAUGGUCGAGAAUCUGGCAGAAAAGAUCUGCUUACAAAAGUGGUCGCAUUGAAAACGGAAACUGGUACUCCGCCACUUUCAGACAGAGAAACCUAUACGGAGAUUGGGAACCUCGUGGCAGCUGGAACCGAUACUACCAGCAUGACUCUUACAUACAUGUUCUGGCAGCUAGCAAAGAACCCUAGUUGGCAACAGCAGCUGCGGAGGGAGCUGCAAAGCCAUCUGGGCAAUGAACACGGAAUCAUACCAUCCUUCAAUGACGUGAAUCAACUUCCAAUACUCAACGCUACUAUACAUGAGGCACUCCGACUUCAUCCAGCCGCUCCUGCGAGUCUUCCACGGGAGACACCGAAAGGUGGGAAAGUACUGAAUGGCUAUUUCAUCCCCCAGAAGACCAUUGUCUCCAUGCAAUGCUACACAACGCAUCGUGAUCCAGAUACUUUUCCAGACCCCGAUAAUUUUGAUCCAGCUCGAUGGUUGGAUCCCGAGUCGGAAAAAAUGAGAGAUAUGUUCAUGCCAUUCUCGAAAGGACCGAGGGCAUGCUUGGGCAAGAACCUUGCCAUGAUGGAACUGAAGUUGACUACGGCUACACUAGUCAAGGACUACACGGUGAAAUUAGCUGCAUCCUGCACUGAUGAUAGUAUGGCUAUGACCGAUCAUUUCUUGAUUAUCCCAAAAGGUGGAAAAUGCGAAUUGCUGUUUUCGGUUGCGAAUCGCAAGGCAGGCUAA